GCGCCUUCUGCGGCGGGCGGACCGACUCCUCGGCGCGGCGGGGCCGGGGCAGGCUGGACGCGGCAUGAUGCGCGCAGUGUGGGAGGCGCUGGCGGCGCUGGCGGCGGUGGCGUGCCUGGUGGGCGCGGUGCGCGGCGGGCCCGGGCUCAGCAUGUUCUCCGGCCAGGCGGCGCAGCCCGACCCCUGCUCGGACGAGAACGGCCACCCGCGCCGCUGCAUCCCCGACUUCGUCAACGCGGCCUUCGGCAAGGACGUGCGCGUGUCCAGCACCUGCGGCCGGCCCCCGGCGCGCUACUGCGUGGUGAGCGAGCGCGGCGAGGAGCGGCUGCGCUCCUGCCACCUUUGCAACGCGUCCGACCCCAAGAAGGCGCACCCGCCCGCCUUCCUGACCGACCUCAACAACCCGCACAACCUGACGUGCUGGCAGUCCGAGAACUACCUGCAGUUCCCGCACAACGUCACGCUCACGCUGUCGCUCGGCAAGAAGUUCGAGGUGACCUACGUGAGCCUGCAGUUCUGCUCGCCGCGGCCCGAGUCCAUGGCCAUCUACAAGUCCAUGGACUACGGGCGCACGUGGGUGCCCUUCCAGUUCUACUCCACGCAGUGCCGCAAGAUGUACAACCGGCCGCACCGCGCGCCCAUCACCAAGCAGAACGAGCAGGAGGCCGUGUGCACCGACUCGCACACCGACAUGCGCCCGCUCUCCGGCGGCCUCAUCGCCUUCAGCACGCUGGACGGGCGGCCCUCGGCGCACGACUUCGACAACUCGCCGGUGCUCCAGGACUGGGUCACGGCCACCGACAUCCGCGUGGCCUUCAGCCGCCUGCACACGUUCGGCGACGAGAACGAGGACGACUCGGAGCUGGCGCGCGACUCGUACUUCUACGCCGUGUCCGACCUGCAGGUGGGCGGCCGCUGCAAGUGCAACGGCCACGCGGCCCGCUGCGUGCGCGACCGCGACGACAGCCUGGUGUGCGACUGCAGGCACAACACGGCCGGCCCGGAAUGCGACCGCUGCAAGCCGUUCCACUACGACCGGCCCUGGCAGCGCGCCACGGCCCGCGAGGCCAACGAGUGCGUGGCCUGUAACUGUAACCUGCACGCCCGGCGCUGCCGCUUCAACACGGAGCUGUACAAGCUGUCGGGGCGCAAGAGCGGGGGCGUCUGCCUCAACUGUCGCCACAACACCGCCGGCCGCCACUGCCACUACUGCAAGGAGGGCUACUACCGCGACAUGGGCAAGCCCGUCACCCACCGGAAGGCCUGCAAAGCCUGUGAUUGCCACCCCGUGGGUGCUGCUGGCAAGACCUGCAACCAGACCACCGGCCAGUGUCCCUGCAAGGACGGCGUGACCGGCAUUACCUGCAACCGUUGUGCCAAAGGCUACCAGCAGAGCCGCUCCCCCAUCGCCCCCUGCAUAAAGAUCCCCGUGGCACCCCCGACCACCGCAGCCAGCAGCGUGGAGGAACCGGAAGACUGCGAUUCCUACUGCAAGGCCUCGAAAGGGAAGCUGAAGAUUAACAUGAAAAAGUACUGCAGGAAGGACUAUGCGGUCCAGAUCCACAUCCUGAAGGCGGAUAAAGCGGGGGACUGGUGGAAGUUCACGGUGAACAUCAUCUCCGUGUACAAGCAGGGCACGAGCCGCAUCCGCCGCGGUGACCAGAGCCUGUGGAUCCGCUCGCGGGACAUCGCCUGCAAGUGUCCCAAAAUCAAGCCCCUCAAGAAGUACCUGCUCCUGGGCAACGCGGAGGACUCGCCCGACCAGAGCGGCAUCGUGGCGGACAAGAGCAGCCUGGUGAUCCAAUGGCGGGACACGUGGGCGCGGCGGCUGCGCAAGUUCCAGCAGCGCGAGAAGAAGGGCAAGUGCAAGAAGGCCUAGCGCGGAGGCAGCGGCGC